AUGUCUCCCGUCGCGAUAUUCAACGGCAUAUCGCCCUCCACGCCCCUCGCGGCCAUCGGGAAGAUGCAGUUCCCAGACCACCCCGCCCGCUUCGACCAAGACAAGCAGCCGUCCCCCCCGCGCAUCCAACCACAACCGCAUCCCAGGCAGGACACACCCAGGGAGGAGCGACCACCCCCCGACGCAGAUAGAACCGACGACAACGCGCCGGCCUCACCAACCGCGUCCGCUCCCGCGUCAAAUCCGACCCCCGACCCGACGAGCACCGCACCGGUGACGCCUUCCUGCACGAAUUGCGGGACGACGACAACCCCACUCUGGCGACGCGACGCCGAGGGCAAGUCGAUAUGCAACGCCUGCGGCCUUUAUCUCAAGUCGCGACGCGUGCCAAGACCCUCGUCCCUCAGUCGUACAUCCACCCCCUCUCUCCCACCGAACAAAGGGGACUCUACGAGCUCCUCGGCUACAUCAGCCCCGGUCACCGGUAGCUCCCUGCGGCAGAUGUCGCCUGUCUCCCCCUCCCAAGCCACGCAACAGCAGCACAAGUCCUCGACGGACGCGAACGCCAUGAACGGUAAAUUACCUCCUGUGCCCGCCGAGGAUCCGGCGCAAAGCCACGGGACCUGUCCUGGGGACGGUCGAUGCGACGGCACCGGCGGUUCCAAGGCGUGCUCCGGCUGCCCGACGUACAACAACGCGCUGAACGCGCGUCUUGCAGAGCAGGGCGAGGAAUCUCCUAACAAGGUCGCUCAGAACGCCCAGUCUGCGAGCGAAGCCGAAGCGGAGGCGCCUAGCGCAAGUCAGCAGAAAAAUGCGCGCGCUGCCGGCAAAGGCGCCGUAGGCGCUCUCAGCUGCGCGAACUGUGGUACAAGCACGACGCCGCUAUGGAGGCGCGAUGACGUCGGAAACAACAUCUGCAACGCGUGCGGUCUUUACUUCAAGCUCCACGGCACUCAUAGGCCCAACUCUAUGAAAAAAGCGGUUAUUAAGCGACGGAAGCGUGUGCCUGCGGCCGCGGGUGCACAGGGAGAACGGGAUCGUAUGACGGACCAAGCCGCCGCCGAAGCUCUCGUUUCUGUUGGCCGUGGCCACGAUCGUUCAGGAGACGACGAGGAUGACGACGAGGAUGACCGGGAGGUACAACCCAAGAGAAAACGCGCCAGGAGGUCGCGACCUAUGGAGCCCGUGGGACGGUCCGGUAUGAGGCCGCGAAGGGGUGCGACUAGGCAGGCAGAGAUCGAAGAUGACGAUGACAUGGACGAGGAUGACGAUGAUUAUGGAAGGCGUCGGGCUGCCCGCUCAUCCCCUUCAACUACUGAGCAGCGCCUGCGCAAUGCUGGCAUGUUCCAUCAACCCUCGCCGGGUCCUCAUGGGGGCGGGUAUGGAUUCGAUCUCCCGCCCUUGAAUGCCGCCCUCGCGGCUGGCGUUGGGGGCAUGUAUAGUGGCAUUGGAAUUGGUGGGCCAUCCAGCUAUAUGCGUUCUGGGUCUGUUCCCAGCCGCACGGACUCACCUAUGGGUGCAAUGGCAGGUGGUGCUGGACCCCAGUUCGGCCUCCCUCCUGUGCCAGGCUUCUAUGGUGGUCGCGUGCCCAGUCCCGCCAUGGGUCGCUCGAGGUCUCCCCCGCAUCAUAUGAUGGGUGGCAUGCAUUCCGGAGUACCGAGUGUUGUGGAGAUGGAGAGGCAUUACUUCGAGCUGUCGGAACAGAAGCGAAAGUUGGAGGAGAUGUUGGAGAAGACCGAUCGGAUGAUGCUCGGGCUGAAACGCGGCAUGGACGAGAUGAGGGGCGUCGGCUCACAAGUCUACACGUCCCAGAGCCAAGCGCAGCAGUCUCUCCCGCAAAUGGGGAUGCACCACCCGCAACAGCAGCAGUCGCAGCAGAUGCCGAGGGUCUCGCCCGAUCACCAGCAGCAGCAAGCCCUGGCUCGGAUGGGAGAACAUCAGCAGCAACAGCAGCAGGCGCUCGCGCGGAUGAGUUCAAGUUCUGCGGCGCCGAUGUCGAUGCCAUUGGCGCUCAAUGCGAGGCAGGAUAACGAUAGACGCGAGCCGGUGUGGCCCGUCAUGGAGGCUGGAGCUCCGCAGGGGCCUCGAGAUUAGAAUGCUCAGCUCAUAGACAUUGAUCCUCGCGAUACGAUUCAGCCACCAUAUGCCUCGACUUCAUGCUUCCCCGACACCCAAAAUCCCGUCUCGCCGACUAUGCGCAUGCGUAGUCGGACGGUCAACGUGCCCGCUGCCUAUAUCUAUCGGCAUCUAUUACUCCCCAGGACAGGGACCUAUGCUUGUUCUAUAGCUAUCUAUGCGCCUCCAUCCAUGACUUUCCCUCUCCUUCGCGCUGCGCCAAGUGCCCCGCUCAGUGACGGCAUCGACCACGUACCCACUCUCGCUCUCGCUCUUUGUUUCGUUGCUCGCGCCCCCUCCC